AUAAAAUAAAAUAAACAAAAUAAAAUAAAUAAGAUGAAAUAAAAUAAUGGCACAGGGUAGAUCCUUAGUAAUUGGCAAUUUUCUUGCCCCUUCCCAUCUUUACUUGCUACAAUAGCCAUACAAAGAAAAUCUGUGAUCUCUUCUUGCCUUACAGAAGCUUAUUAUCUACUAAGUAAUAGGAUAUCUACACAGUAGCAAUUCAGAUAAUAAGCUUUUUAGGAAGUAGGAAGAAGAAAGUCAUUUUCCAAACAAAGGGAACAGGUCUUAGCUAAAAGUCUGCUUUUAUAAUUAGUUCUGACCAUUCUGAAAGUAGCAAAAAAAAAUCUUUUGUGAAAAAAAUUGCUGGUAGGCACUUAGUGGGCCAGAAUUACUGAUCCAGUAUAGUUCUGUUACUUGUUCUCUAUUGUUGACUUGAUACUCCUUAAAGACCACUCUCUCCAAAGGUGAUUCUCUAGGAGAAUAUGAUGUGAAUAAUGAAGAUAAUGAAGAUUAUAUGUAUCUAAAUGAUAGUAAAAUAAAAGCAAUUUUUACUUUUGGCAUUAUGAUAAUUUGCUUUGAAGAAGUAACUUUCCUUUUCUCCCUAAUAGUUCCAAAUUAUAGAUAUUGAAAAGAGCUUGAAAUAAAAAGUUUUCAACAUACAGCUUUAAUACUUAAAAAGUGAUAAGUUUCACUCAUAUGAAGACUUUAAGAAACAAAACAGAUGAAAAUAAGGGAAGGGAAACAAAAAUAAUAUAAAAACAGGGAGGGGGACAAAACAGAAGAGACUCAAGAACAACUGGAGAACAAACUGAGGGUUGCUAGAGCGGUUAUGGGAGGGGGGGAUGGGCUAAAUGGGUAAGGGGCAUUAAGGAAUCUACUCCUAAAAUCAUUGUUUCACUUUAUGCUAACUAAUUUGGAUGUAAAUUUUAAAAAAUAAAAAUAAAAUUUUAAAAAGUGAUGUUUCAAAUAUAAAUGUAUAGUGAAUAAUAUAUUGAACCACCUAUCCCCCAAACUCAAUAACGAUCAAAAAUUGAUAUAUUUGCUUCACCUAUAUUCUUUAUCUCUUUUCAGCCUCUCUGUCCAUCAUCUGUAAAUAAGGAAGCAAAACCCCAGACACUAUCAUUUCACCCCUGUAUACUGCAGUAUGCAUCUCUAAAAAUGCAUUUUCUUAUGUAAAAACAAUGCUAUUACAUUUAAUAUUUCUUUGGUAUUAUCUGUUAUUUAAAAAAAUUUUUAAUGCUUGUUUAUUUUUGACAGGGAGAGAGAGAGAGAGAGACAGAGCAUGAGUAGGGGAGGGGCAGAGAGAGAGGGAGACACAGAAUCUGAAGCAGGCUCCAGGCUCUGAGCUGUCAGCACAGAAGCGGACGCGGGGCUCGAGCUCACAAACCUCGAGAUCAUGACCUGAGCUGAAGUCGGAUACUUAACCGACUGAGCCACCCAGGCGCCCCUAACAGUCAUUUUAUAGAGAUUUCUUUGACAGACUAAAAAAUGUCUUAAAUUUCUGUCUUGUAGCUGGAAUCCACAUUUCUGUUUACUGCCACUGUCUCAAAGACAACUUUUGGUUCGAGGAUUGUUGAAUAAGAGGAGUAAAAAAUAGCUCUCCACAAAUCCAUCCCUACCAUUUUUUUUUAAAGUAAAUUUAUUUAAAUUCAAGUUAGUUAACAUACCGUGUAGUAUUGGUUUCAGGAGUAGAACCCAGUGAUUCAUCACUUACAUGUAAUACCCAGCUCUCAUCCCAACAAAUGCCCUCCUUAAUGCCCAUCACCCAUUUAGUCCAUCUCCCCACCCAACACCCCUCCAGCAACCCUCAGUUUGUUCUCUGUAUAUGAGUCUUACGGUUUGCUUUCCUCUUUUUAUCUUAUUUUUCCUUCCCUUCUCCUAUGUUCAUCUGUUUUGUUUCUUAAAUUCCACGAGUGAAAUCAUAUGGUAUUUGUCUUUCUCUGACUUAUUUCACUUAGCAUAAUACACUCUAGUUCCAUCCACGUUGUUGCAAAUGGUGAUUUCAUUCUUUUUUGAUCACUGAGUAGUAUUCCAUUGUGUAUAUAUAUCACAUUUUCUUUAUCCAUUCAACAGAUGAUGGACAUUUAAGCUCUUUCCAUAAUUUGGCUGUUGUUGAUAGUGCUGCUAUAAACAUUGCAUUUUUGUAUCUUUUGGAUAAAUACUUAGUAGUGCAAUUGCUGGGUUGUAGGGUAGCUCUAUUUUUAAUUUUUUGAGGAACCUCCAUACUGUUUUCCAGAGUGGCUGUACCAGUUUGCAUUCCAACCAACAGUGCAAAAUUGUUCCCCUAUCUCCUCAUCCUUGCCAACAUCUGUUGUUGCGAAAGGAAUAACAAAACAUGCUAUUAAUCAUCAUCCCCUUCCAGAGCAGCUGGAUGAAAUUUCUUCUACCAAUGACAGCCAUGAAAAAGAUACGAGUUCCCAAAGUGAGUCUGACAUCACACAAGAAUCACCUUUUACAUCAGCUGACACUGGGAAUUCAAGAUCUGCUUUUCCAAGUUAUACAGGCACAGGGAUCUCCACUGAAGGCAGCUCGGACUUCUCCUGGGGAUAUGGAGCUUGAUCAAAAUGCCACUGAAAAGGUCCAGGCAAUGUUCACAGCCAUUGACGAGCUCUUGUAUGAGCAGAAGUUGAGUGUGCAUACUAAGAGUCUACAGGAAGAGUGCCAACAAUGGACAUGCAGCUUUCCUCACCUCAGGAUCCUGGGUAGGCAGAUAAUCACUCCAAGCGAAGGAUAUGGACUGUAUCCUAGAUCCCCUUCUGCUGUUUCAGUUUCACAUGAGACAACACUUUCUCAAGAAAGAGAUUCUACUAUAUUUGGUAUUAGGGGAAAGAAGUUACAUUUUUCAUCUUCUUAUGCUCACAAAGCAUCUCCCAUUGCCAAAUCCCCUAGUGUGUAUUCUAUGGAAAGAGAGGAGGAAGACUGUAUAAUCUCUGAAGGAAUAAUAGAGGAAUACCUAGCAUUCGACCACACUGAUAUGGAAGAGGGGUUUCAAGGAAAGAAAUUACACGCAUCUCCAGAGAAACAGAAAUUAGGGUACCCUCCCAUUGCUCCAUUUUACUGCAUGAAAGAGGACGUCCUUGCUUAUGUGUUUGACGACGUGUGGAGCAAAGUUCUGAGCUGUAUGGAGCAGCUGACACGUAGUCAUUGGGAGGGAUUUGCUUCUGAUGAUGAGAGUAAUGUUGCAAACACCAGACCAGUUUCAGAAAGCCCCUGUGUGCUGAGUGAACCACAACCCUUGGUUUUACCUCGAGUGCCACAGUCGAAGGUGCUGUCCAUCACCUCAAAUACAAUGAAUCUCUGUCAAGCAGCAAGUGGUCAUCAGCCAAAUGUGAAUGGUCUCUUGGUCCAUGGGAUGCCUCUACAACCAAGAAAUCUCUCCCUAAUGGACAAGCUACUAGAUCUUGAUGACAAGCUACUUAUGAGACCUGGAUCCAGUACCAUCCUUUCAACCCGAAAUUGGCCGAAUCGAGCCCUGGAGCUUAGUACAUCAGCUCUGUCAUACACAGUGCAGUCCGCCAGGAGACGCAAUCCCCCACCACGUACGCUUCAUCCCAUCAGCACAAGCCAUUCACGCGCUGGAACGCCAAGGCCUGUGGAAGAAAUCCUCAGAGGAUCCCGAGUAUUCAGUAAGAGAUGUCUAUACCGACCACAAAUCUUUCAUGACACCAGGGUUCUUCUCACCUGUCCAGGAGCGGCGGACUCACUCUCCUCUCCCUCACCAAUGCCCCUGAGUCGAAACAAUCUCCUGCCACCUAUUGGCACAGCUGAAGUGGAACACUUAAGCACUGUGGGGUCACAAAAGCAAACGAAAACCCAUGGUGACUCCAAUCGAGCUCGAAGUGCAGUGGUGGAUGAGCCUAACCAUCAGCAGCCCCAGGAGAGGCUCCUUUUACCUGACUUUUUCUCCAGGCCCAACACUACUCAGUCAUUUUUGCCAGAUACACAAUAUCAUUCGUGUGUUGCUGAGUAUCCUCAUCAGGCCCCACCUGGUAGGGGAUCUGCAGUGACAGGUCCUCAGUUACAUGGGUCUACAAAAUCCCAAAACAGAGGUGGACCAGUCUCUAGAACCAAGCAGGGACCAUAGAGCAAAUAGAAGAACCUGCUUCAGGCUGCAGGGAACACGUGAGAGAAUUUCAUGAAUCAGUGUCCAGUCAUCUUGUGAUGCAAAGCUUGUAUACAAAAGAACUUAAAACCAUCUUCAUGAAGUGUUAAUCUGGUGUAACUGACUGAGGAAAAAACAAAGAAUAUCUGCCAAAGAUUACAUGGGUACUGUUUUUCCAGUUACCAUCUUCUUUCAGCAUUAAGUUAACCUACUCCACUGGACAGCAGAAUUUGUAUCCAAAAAUGUAACAAAUGAAUAAUUAUCCCCAAAUCA